AUGCUGGCAGAUCUCGCGUUGCAGAAAGUGCUCAAGGAGGCAGCGCCAAUCUACGGGACGACUGCUGUAAAUUAUGGAGCAGAAUCUGAGUCCGCAACAUGGAUGUCUGCAUAUCACAAUGAAACGCUGCUGGUCCACAUGAACAUACCAGGAACGCACGAUGCCGCCACCUGGAACUAUUCCUCGGCGAACAUCAAUAAUUUGGCCGAUGUCUCUGCUCUAAGGCCAGACUUCUACAGAUGUCAAGCGAGAAGUAUUGCCGCCAUGCUGGAUUCUGGAAUCCGUGUAUUCGACUUGCGCUACGCAUUGGACACAGCAAGCGUGGACGAUGUGCUGUAUAGCUUAUACAAUUGGUUGGAAUGGCACAAGAGUGAGGCAGUGUUUUUGAGCCUUCAACACGAAGGCGGCCACGAUGAUGUUGUCACUCAAGCAAUGCUUUAUGCUAUAUUGACAUCUCCUGCAGCCAGGCAGUAUGUGGUUCAAGCCCGCGGCGAGCUUGGCACACUUGGACAGGCAAGAGGCAAGAUUACGUUACUCCGACGCUUCGACCUGGAUCUACUGGCUCCAGUGUACGAGGACAGUAUACCCGGAGUACACUUCUCGCCGAACAAUUGGACGGACAAUGGGCCUGACAUGAUCCUGAUCUACAAUGACACGACCGGCGCAGCAGCAUACAUCGAGGAUUACUAUCAGCCGUUGACUCCUCAGAAUUCGACAGCAGAAAGCAACAUACGUUGGAAGGUCAAUGCUACAGAAGCGCAUCUACGCAAAGCAGCUUCGGGCGAUCAUCCAGACAGUCUAUACUGGACGUUCGCAUCGAGUUCGAACACGGAGAAUAAUCCGCCUAUCACUCCAGUGAUGCAGGCAUUAGGAAAUGGAUCCAAUUCGACGCCUGACGGAGGUGUUAACGACCAGCUUCUGCCAGUUUUCAAAUCGAUGCGAGGCAAGCGGUUGGGAAUAGUCAUGUUCGAUUUCUACGACGACGUUGCGGAGCUGGUACCAACGUUUUUGGGUUUGCUCGGACCCGAUGAGUCCGCCAGUUUCUCAAGAUAA